CCUGGUCUCAUGGGAAAUACGUACCUCUGCACACUUUUUUGCAGCGCCACAAAUAUGUACCACCUGGUACGUAUUGCCACAGUUUUGAAACACAAACGUCCACUGGGGUCGCUAAAGAGAAGGACUGCAUGACAUUGUGAUCGACAGUAAGAGCAGAGGUUCCAGUCAUAUCAAAGAGGAAGAAGAGUAAAGUUUUUUAUUUUUUUUAGCCUAUCAAGGAACAGGAGAUUUGAAGAUCAUCUGUAAUCUCACUAUCGCUCUGCCUCAUUCAGUACAACGCAGACAGGUAUUAAAAAAUAAAUGACUGAGAGAGUCAUCUGAUCAGCCUACAGAGAAAAAUAUGGAGGAGGAAUUACACUGUGAUCUUGAGGAAAUAAUGGCUGAUUUGGAGGAGAUGCAGAGUGAGGAAGCGGUCAAAACACCACCUAAAAAACAAAAAAGAAAAAAGAUUGAUCUUAAACUUAGGUGGAAAAAAAGAGACCAAGAAGGAUUCUUGGUCUAUGAGAAGCGCAAACCAAAGAAAGACCGAUCUGGAAAACCAGUUGCCUCAACCAUUGUCUCUUCAAGUAACCCUCAAGAAGUUGAGCUCGAAACUGCAAGCACAUCUGAAGCCUCAACUUCCAAACAACAUUUUGGAGAUGUAGAUGCACAACAGAUUAUUGAUUUACAACUACAGCAACUCCAAAAUGCAAUGGAGUGUGAUGAACCCAGAUCAGCAGCAUCUCAUGAUUGGGCAUUGAGGCAAACCUUGUCUGAAGAACGCUGGGAGGAAGCAAGGCCAAAACUCCUUGACAGUUUGCUUGCUUCAGACUGUGUGCAUUAUGGUCCUUGUGAUCACUGCAGCUUGAAACAAGCAGUCAUCAGGUGCAAGGACUGUUUCCCGAAACCCCGUUACUGUGGCCAGUGUGACGUUUCUACACAUCAACAUCUUGUUUUUCACAACCGAGAGACUCUUAUAGAUGGAUUCUAUAAACCUCUCCCACCAUCAACUGCUGUGCAGGACCUCAGUGGCCAAAAUGUCAUAUAUGAACAAGUGUGUCUGCUGCCCAUUACACGACCAGACAAAAUUUGUGAUUGUGACCCUCAAAACCUGGCUGUUGUAGCUGGACGAUCUGUUGUGCUCAUCUGUAUAAAUGGUCGCUAUGACGUCUUCCUGCCAGUGAUGAAUUGCAGAGCUUGUCUUGCAUCAUGGACACCUGAGGUGGUUGACCUGUUGUUUAGUGGUUACUGGCCAGGCACUGUCGAGUUUCAAACCAUAUACAAGGUAGACCUCUUCACGUCGUUUGAGGACCUGAAGAUCACUGCACCUGGGCUUUCAAGACAAGCAUUUGUGAAAAUGUUACAACAGCGCUCACAACAAUUUGGAAGGAGUGGUAACAUUUGUGGCAACGUGUUCCAAAAAGCUUUCCUUGAAUGGACAUAUUGUCGUCAUAAAAGAGAAAAACUCUGCGGCAUUGAUCACUUCUCUUGCCCAGCUUGCACCCCAGAUACAGUUGCUGUGUCUGCAGACGGAAACAGAAAACUAUACAUAUUCAGCAAAACAAAGGGGACAGAGGAACAACCAUUUUUUGAUGGAGUUUUUCUGGCUAAUGACAAAGAUGUAGCAACAUUUGUUGAUUGUGUUCGUGAGAAGACCAUCCCAGUACAUGGAAAAGGCAUCUGUGGAACAUCAACAUGGGCUGCAGCCAGAGAGACCUCUAAAAAGACAAACACUAAAUGUGAUGAAGAGGGCCUAGAGGUGGCAGUUUGCAGGCACAGCAUAUUGCUUAGAGGGUUGAACAUGUUUAGGGGCGAGAUAUUUGCAUACCCUCUGUUUCUGCAGAAGGAACUGGCCACAAAAACAAACUGCAAGUUCUUCUGCACUGACAUCAUGUGUCGAUAUUGGCCCUAUCUUCAAAAGGUGGCUCAAGCAUUCCCAGAAAUGCAAAACCUGACUCAGAUGAAGCCAUUUCUCUCAGUUAUGCAUGCAAAGGGGCACUCUACAAAAUGUGAGGUGCAGUGGGGUGGCAAAAAUCAAACAGGGGCAGGCACAACAAUUGGUGAAGAAGUUGAACAAGUGAACAGCUUUUUGUCCCGUGUGGCUCUAACUACAAAAUACAUGAGUAAGGCUGCACGAGUAGAUAUGAUCACAUUGCAUGCCAGAGGAUGGAAUGAGCGCAAAAAAAGAAACCUGCACAAGUACUUGUCUACACGGUACUUGAAGACUAUCCAAAAGACAAAGGAAGUCAAGAAAGACAUUGCGGCUAUAAAGAAGUGCACGCAAAGGUCUGAUGAGGAACUGCAACAGUGGGUCACUGAUGUGAGACAGUGGGCAGUUGACACACCAGAUGACUUCAGAACAGAUGAUCCAGUGGCGUUGCAACAUCUGAUUGAAGGCCUAUUCUUGGGCAUCCAGCAGAAAAAGAGGGAUCUGUAUCGAGUAACCGACCGUAACAAACAGCGACACAAGAUCCGAAGACGGAUUAGAGAGGAUAAGAAAAAGCUGUUUAAUGCCAUAUCCCAAUACAAUGAUCUUCCAACCACCACAGAAUCUGUAGAUUCAGUUGAAGACCUUCUGGCAGCAGAAAGCCCUAUCUGGCCUUGGGAUUCUGAACCUGACACUUCCUUAGGCAUGAAGAAGAAGGUUUUUGACAAGGUGAUGCAGCUGGAGAGACUGAUUGAGGAAGAGGCUAUACUUUUAGAGGAAAUGAAACAACAUUGGACUCAUCUUACAAGAACCUGCAGGGCCUUGAAGGACCAGGCUAAUGUACUAGCAGAUGACCUGACCACACAGAGCUACCCUUCAGGACUGUCUGGUCAAGCUUACCAUGGCCUGCACAGUGCUGUCCUCCAAAAAUGUGAGGAGAUCAAAACGGACAUGGUAGCUGUGAAAGAAACCUACUCCCAAAUAGUAGUAAAUGGGAAUGGUGGAUCCGUUGUUGAAGAAGAUGAUGAAGACCCAUAUGAGAAUGUCUCCACAGAUGCCUCUACGGAUGAUGAAUUAUAGAUUCUCUCUUCUCCACUGCACAAACUGGUUUCCUGACCGAGUAGCUCAAGUUAGCUCUCCCCAUUGUAAAUAAUAAAACCUUGAAUCUGAAUUUUCAA